AUGGAGAAUUCCCGCUAUUUCUUGGAGACAGCUGACGGCCUUGUAGAGGAUCUGAACGCAGGUGCCACGGGGUCAUCUGGGAAGGAGCAUGGACCGUCAGCCUUGGAAACCCCCUUCCAGAAGGAAAGGACCCCCUCCCCACGGAUUCGGGUGAAUCUGGAUUAUCUGUCAGGACCCAAAAAACAGGAUGACCCAGAUCGCUUCGACAGGGACCGUCUUUUCCAGGCCGUGGUAGCAGGAGAUCCUGAACUGCUCAAUGGCCUGAGCGAUUAUCUGCGGAAAACGUCCAGCUCUCUCAGCGACCCUAAAUAUAGAGAUGGGGAGACAGGAAAAACCUGUUUGAUAAAGGCCUUGCUGAAUUCGAAAGACAAGCUGAACCCCACCAUCCCUUUGCUCUUGAAGAUAGACAAGGAGACCGACAGACGCGUUCCUCUGAUCAAUGCCGCUUGCACUGACAGCCACUACAAAGGCCACACAGCCCUCCACAUCGCCAUCGAGAAGAGGAACUUAGAUCUUGUGAAGUUCCUGAUGGAGAACGAAGCUGAUGUCCACAUCAAAGCUUCUGGUCUUUUUUUCCAGCAGCAGUGCUUUUAUUUCGGUGAACUUCCUCUGUCCUUGGCUGCUUGUACUAACCAGCUAGAAAUGGUCAAGUAUCUCUUGGAUAACCCUCACCAGAAGGCCAGACUGACCGAACAGGAUUCCAUGGGCAACACCGUCCUCCAUGCGUUGGUGAUGGUGGCCAAUGACAUGGACAAGAACACUGAGGUCGUGGUUAAGAUGUACGACGAGAUCCUGAAGAAAGCAAUUGAGAUCAACCCUUCCUGCAAGUUGGAAGAGAUUGUCAACCGGGAACAGCUGACCCCUUUGACUCUGGCUGUCAAGACUGGGAAAGUCGAGAUCCUCAAGCACAUUCUCCACCGAGAGAUUCCUGAGUUCCAGGACCUUUCGCGCAAGUUGACCGAGUGGACUUAUGGUCCCAUCCACACCUCCCUCUACGAUCUGACCUCCAUUGACACCUGUGAGAAGAACUCAGCGCUGGAGAUCCUGGCCUACAACAGCGACACUCCAAACCGGUACAAAAUGGUAGUCCUGGAGCCUUUGAACAACCUACUUCAGCACAAAUGGGAAUUUUUCAUUAAAAAAAGGUUUUUCUUCAGUUUAUGCUUCCACCUGAUUUUCAUGCUGGCCUUCACAACCACUGCUUACUUCCAGCCUCCAAAGGGUGAGCCGCCCUGACCUUUUGUUCCAACGACAAUGACAUUCCAGGACGUUGUUGGGCCAGUGAUCGUUUUAAUUGGUGGUAUUUAUUUCUUCAUUACUCAGAGUGUUCACUUCUGGAGAAGACGCUUCUCUUUGAAAAGUCUUCUAGUAGAUAGAUGCUUCGAGAUAUUCCUGUUUGUGCAAGCGUGUACGAUGCUGGCCUCAUCCGUCAUGUACUUUGCAAAGAUGGAGGACUACGUGCUGCCCAUGGUGUUCGCCUUGCUUUUGGGCUGGGUGAACAUGCUCUACUACACCCGAGGUCUCCAGCAGACGGGGAUCUACAUCGUGAUGAUCCAGAAG